AUGCAGAAUCCUCGUCCUCUUGCAUCUGUGCCGUUCAUUCGGCCCGAUAUGAAAGCGCAGCAGCCUGAGCAUGCCCACGUGCAAGGUCAUACGGACCUUAUACACGACACACAAUUUGAUUACUACGGCCAGCUUCUGGCUACUGCGAGCUCUGACCGAAGCAUCGGGAUCCAUUUGAUACGAGAAGGGCAGCCUAUCCAGCGAAUUGCUUCGCUUACUGGACAUAAGGGGCCAGUUUGGGCGGUCAGCUGGGCACAUCCUCGCUUCGGACGCGUACUUGCCUCCGCUAGCUUUGACCAAAAGGCCAUCAUUUGGAAGGAGGUGUCGGAGCGAUGGACCCCCAUUCACGUUGUUGACAUUCAUGAGGAAAGCGUCAACGCGGUGUCUUGGGGCCCCGAAGAGCUCGGCCUGCUGUUGGCCACGGCUAGCAGCGAUGGGACAGUCGCGGUAACAGCCUUCAGGGAUGGGUGCUGGCAGGAGAACAUGAAGCUUAGCAGCAAUAACAACAAAAUCGCCCAUGCCAUGGGCGCGAUGUGCGUUUCGUUUGCUCCUGUUAUGGCGGAUCUUGGUGACGAAUUUAUUUUGGUGUCAGGCGGUUGUGAUUGUCAAGUACGUUUAUGGGCGAAUGAUAAGGGCCUUACUCGAACGUUCAAGCUCGUUCAGGUGGUCGAGGGGCACUCAGAUUGGGUCCUCGAUGUAUCCUUCUCCCAGAUCUCUGCCUCAUCGCGUUUCGCCAUGUUUGCGUCGUGUGGGAAGGACAAACGCAUUGUGAUUUACCGCAAGCCGUGGGAACAGCUGGCUAUCGAACUCUCCGAUCCAUCCGUUGCGAUGCUAGACUGGGAAAGAAGCGUUGCUACAAUGGAUGAAGCAGUCUGGCGAUUGUCCUGGGCCCCUUCAGGCCAAAUACUUGUUGCCACAACAGCCAGCUCACAGGUCUUUAUUCUUCAGGAGAGCUCCGAUUUUAUUGAGCCCUGGAUUGUGACGCCAUUGGACGACUAUCAAAGCCAAAAAUGA